AUGUCGUUUCCUAUCCAGAACACGGCAGAUUUGACUGCCACUAGCUCGCAAGAUGGCUUCAUUCAGCAUCAGGCCAGGCCCGACACCGACGUGAUUAUGGUUGACGGCUCUGACGUUGCCACGCGGUAUUUGAUGGUGAUCGAUGGCAAGUUGCAAUAUCGGGAGACAAGUGGUCGCACCUAUCCCAUGGAUACCUUGCCAGAGGUGUUCAAAGAAUGGCUCCAGCAAGAGAUGCGCCUGAUCCUGGACACGGCAUAUGAGCGCCUGGGGAUUCUUGAGCGGCACAGGGAAGAGCAUCUAGAGGACGCUAUCCGGAGUGAUUACUCUUUUUGGGAUACUAAGAGAAACAUCAAGAUGUUCACAAGACUGAUUCGCCGCCAAGAACAGAGGCAAGAUCCGUCUUCAUCGUGA